CUUUAAAUGAUUUGUCAUUACUGACGUUUUGCCAUAUGCAGUCUCAUAUUGCUGUUGCAGACUUGCAGUAGUGUUUGACCAAUGACACAGUAAGAGUUAGUACUUAAUUGGACUCAAAAAGGACUAAUAUAAAGUUAGAGCAGAAUUAUUGUUCAAUCAAUACUAAAUCAGAGCUUAAACUUCUUCUCUUUUUUUCUCUUCAAGAAUUAUGGCUAUGGAAGAAAGCAGUAAACUUCAUGUACUCUGUCUUCCAUACUUCACACCCAGCCAUAUGAUUCCUCUGGUAAACGCCGCCAGAGUUAUGGCGGCCCAAGGUGUUAAGAUCACGAUUCUGACCACCAAACACAACGCUGCCGUUGUCCAAUCCUCCAUUGAUGAAGACAACCAGUUGGGCCGAGAUAUUUCCAUCCACAACCUCCGGUUUCCGGCAGCUGAAGUGGGCUUACCGGAAGGAAUUGAGAAUUUCCCGGCUGCAACAACUAUGGAGAUAAUGGGCAGACUUUACCAGGCCCUUCCCCUGCUCCAGAAGCCCAUGGAAGAUUUCAUCAUGGAUCUUCGUCCUCACUGCAUAUUUUCCGACAUGUUCUUUCCCUGGACUGUUGAUUUAGCUGACAAGAUGAAGAUUCCCAGGUUGAUGUUUUAUGUUAACAGUUUCAUGUCUCAUUGUUUGCCUCACUACUUGGAGAAAUAUGAACCUCAUAAGCAGGUCAGUUCGGAUUCAGAGAGCUUCUUGAUUCCUGGAUUUCCAGAUAAGGUUGAGAUGAAAGGUUCCCAACUGGAGGAACAUCUGAAGAAGGAAAGUUUCUUUACUGGGGUCAUUAAGGUUGUCAAAGAUUCAGAGCUUCGGAGCCACGGAUUGGUUUUUGACAAUUUUUAUGAAUUGGAACCACAAUACGCUGAUUACUAUCAGAAGGUAAUUGGUAGUACCAAGAUUUGGAACAUUGGCCCUCUUUUCCACUUCGCCAACAAGGAUAAACUGAUCACAAACAACAUUGUUUCUUCCGACAAGCACAGCUGUUUAGAUUGGCUGGAUACUCAGGAGCCAAACAGCGUUGUGUAUGUCUCUUUUGGAAGCAUAACCAGAUUUUCUCAGGCCCAAAUCAACGAGAUUGCUUCAGCGUUAGAGAACUCGAACCGGCCAUUUAUCUGGGUUGUGAGGAAAUUCGACGAAGCGAAUCGGCAAGAUAGCUGGUUGCCUGAUGGAUUUGAAGAAAGAAUCAGGAAUUCUAACAAGGGAUUGAUCUUCAAAGGCUGGGCUCCUCAGUUGAAGAUCUUGCAGCACCCGGCGACAGGCGGGUUCAUGACCCACUGCGGUUGGAACUCAGUUCUUGAAGCCUUGAUCUCUGGGGUGCCAUUGAUUACUUGGCCAUUGUUUGCAGAGCAGUUUUACAAUGAAAUUCUUGUUGGGAUUCUUAAAGUUGGAAUCAGUUUAGGAUCGGAUCAGUGGCAAGGCAUUCCAGUCAUAAAGGGAGUGGUGUUGGAAAGUUCGGACAUUGAGAAAGGAAUACACAGAAUGCUAAGUGACACAGAAGAAAGUCGGAAAGUGAGGGAAAGAACAAAGGAAAUGUCUGAGAUUGCGAAGAAAUCUGUGGAAGUUGGUGGGUCAUCUUAUCAAGAUCUUCUGGGAUUGAUUGAUGACCUGAAGUCCUGUGCUUUUGGGGUCAAGAACUGAUUAAUGGUGCUGUAGUUUCUCACUUUUGUUUUCUGAUUCAAAUCCAAUUGUUUACUUGUUUUGCUGCUACUGAAAGUCCUAAUUGCUUGAAGAAGUCUAUAAGAAUCCUUCCGAAAUGCGUUAACUAUAGACCCUAAUAUCUUUCUCCCAGUUUAGAUUCUACAUUUUUUCUUGAAUGCCCUAAUCCUACAUUCAUAUUGAUUUCAAUGCCUGAACAAAACGGUGAAAUAUCUCGUUUCCAGAAUAUCAAGUUAUCAACCCCGUAUUGGACAAUGAAAAAAGACUUGCUAGUGACAGGGAAAAAGACUGAUGCACACUCAAAAAGAAAGGAAACUUACAAUGUCAAAACUUAAAUGACUCCUGCAAUUCGUUUUUUUCUCCACAUGACAACAUCUAUUCUUCACAACGCAAUUGCAAAGGUAAGAUUGAAGACAGAACCACCAAAAAGAAAA